GCGAGCGGCCUGCGCAUGCGCGGGCAGGGCCCGGUCCGCCGGCGCCUCGGCCGCCCUCGGGGUUCCGUGGCGGCGCGGCCAAGGUUCCGGCCUUCUCUUCUCCUCUCCUCUCCUCUCCCCGCACCGCGGGGCUUCGCGGGGGAAUUUUAGUGGAAGCCGCGGCCUGUCAGGAUGAGUUUUCUGCUGCCCAAGCUGACCUGUAAGAGGGAGGUGGAUCAGGCAAUAAAAAGCGUGGCUGAGAAGGUUUUGGUCCUCCGGUUUGGAAGAGAUAACGAUGCUGUUUGUCUGCAGCUCGAUGAUAUUCUUGCAAAGACAGCUCAUGACCUAAGUAAAAUGGCAGUCAUUUAUCUGGUGGAUGUAGACAAGGUUCCAGUGUACACCCAGUAUUUUGACAUCAGUUAUAUUCCAUCUACUGUAUUUUUCUUCAAUGGACAACACAUGAAGGUUGAUUAUGGGUCUCCAGACCAUACCAAAUUUGUAGGAAGCUUCAAAACAAAGCAAGACUUUAUAGAUCUGGUUGAGGUGAUUUACCGUGGAGCAAUGCGUGGAAAGCUCAUUGUGAGAAGUCCUAUUGAUCCCAGAAACAUUCCUAAAUAUGACCUUCUCUACCAAGGAAUUUAAUGGGAUGACUCGAGACAAAGAAUUACAGAAAUGACCGAUGUUGUGGAUCCCUUUUAUUCUUCAAGCAGUUUUAGCCACCUCUGACACCAUGGAAGAGUUUGAGCAUUAAUGUUGAAGGAUCAUAUUGGUCUCCUUCUGAAGACAGAUAUUCUGUCACCUCAUACUUCUCUGGUAAACAGCUGCAUAUUCAUGCACAGAAUUCACACAAGCAACUGUUCUUUGGGUUGCACACUGACCAGUUCCUACAAAAGAGGCAGGUUGUAUGCAUCCUCAGUGAUGGUGUCUCUAGUGCAACUUAUUUUGACUAAAGCACCAUAUAUUCUAUGAAUUAUCUAUUUAGUACCAUUUUCAUUCAGAUGUAACAGCAGUAAACCAGUCUUUAUUUAAAAAGCUAUGCUUGCUCUCAAGAGCAUUGAACUGACACUGCCUUUCCAGUGGAAUCUUACACUUUUACCCAUUGCUGGAUAACAGGACAGAAGCUUUUUCAAGCAGUAUUAGAGAUGACUGAAAUGAAUAUAAACAUUAAAGGGAAGCUGACAGUCUCUUUUCUCUGGUACCCAGUAUUACUGUUCAACAUUUUUUUUUGACUGAGAUGGGAACUGAAGGCAUAGGACAAGGUUUUGUCAUCCUUCAAAGCUCUUUUGCAGCCACUGAGCACUUGUGAUUUCCACAGGAUUAAACUGGAAAUUCAGAAUAACCAUUUUGUUUACAUUCCCUUUAAAGAUUAUUUUACCUGCCUGUGUAAAUUGUACACCUCGAAUAUGGACAUUUAAAAGCUGUCUCUAGUUCCUGCCUCUGUCUGAAAUUAAACAGCUGAGAUAAA